AUGAUCCGUAAAGAAUUCGCAAGAGUUCUCGGUCUUCAAGGAAAAAAAGAAAAAAUCGAUAUAGCAGUCGUCGGCGGUAAAAUUAUCACUCAGAGGGACAGUCGUAGAGUUAAGCUAUGGAUCUCCCCCCUAAACGGGAAUGAGUCAUACCCAGUCGAAGCACACGAAAUGGACCAUACAAUUAUUAAUGUUCCAGUCCUCGACCGCACCUGGCUAAAGUCGUUUUACCACCUCAGUGAUAUUGAGUUCCCUCACCACACCGGUCCAGUUGAACUAAUACUCGGGGUCCAGUACAUUCAUCUCCAUGCUGAAAGUGAAUUUCGACAAGGCCUGCCAUUUCAACCUGUCGGUGAGAAGACAAAGCUCGGAUGGCAUGUCAUUGGUCCAGACAACGCGAAAGAAUCAAUUGCCAGUUACUUAAAUUUUGCAAAGAAAAUCGAUCUGGAAAGGUUUUACGACUUUGAAACCCUAGGAAUUCGUGCACCGGACUGCAUCUGCCCUCAAGAAAUCAUGUCUCGGGAUGGAAAAAAGGCAGUUGAACUGUUUGAAUCUUCCGGCGACAGGCUAGACGGGCGAUUUGUCAUUGUUCUUCCGUGGAAGAAAGAUCCUACCCAGCUUCCUAACAACUACCUUCUAGCCAACGUCUAA